AUGCAGCAGCCUCAUUCGAUAGCCGUAGAGCGGGACUCAGAGAGGACACGUGAACUCACGGGCACUGAAGUUCUGGGGCUGGUGCAAAAGCAGGGCCCCAUUUCAGAAGCAGGAGCUGAUGAGCGACCAGCCGGGUCUCUGGAGCCGGUCAGCUGUGGGACGGAGUCCGGCUCCUCCCCUGGCCGAGCACGUGGCCUGGCUGAGCUGCAGAGCUGCUCCGAGCCCCUUUCACGUCAGCAUGUGCCCUGGGGUGUCCUCAGGAUUCUGUGGGGGCAGGACAGGCAGGGCGGGCCCCAGAGGAUGCGCCGGGCAAACAAAGCCUCACAGUGCAAGUGGGAGAAAGAAGGGCACAGGGGCUCCUUCCCACCUGUGGGCACCUGUCGCCCCUGUGGCAUGGAGGCUGGCACUGCCGGCGAGGGGAGCCCCGGGGGCGUGUGCAGCCUUCUGGACGGGGGCACUGCAGACAUUUACUGGGCGAGUUCCCUCUCGUCCCUCACGGGCAGGCUGGCCACCGGCCACUCGGGCUCCAGAGCCCACAGCCCACGGCCCCAGCUGCUGGUGCUGCAGGGGAACUGGGGGCCGGUGGAGCUGGGGUGGCGCGACCCGGCUGAGCCAUCCUGCCUGGGCCCACGGGGCAUGAGCAGGUCCCAGGGCAGUGUGGAAGCAUGGAGCACCGAGGGCUACUCCGCAAGUGCUGGGCGAGUGACCCACGGUGCCCCCAUGAUGCUGGCACUGCUGGCGUCUGCGCCUGACGUGCCAGCCCAGGGCCCCCAAGCUCCCCCAGCAAGGCCACCAGCUGGUGGGGACCCCAGCCCGGGCCGCGUGCCCGGCUUCCGCCCUGAGGAGCUUCUGCUUUCAUUUCACUACAAACCAGAGCCCCUGCAGGGACCCUCGGAGCAGCCGCGGCCCCAAGCUGUGCACGGGCUCCUGCUCCCCGUUCCGGAAGAGCUGUCCUCCGGGGGUCCCCACCCCCCCUGCCUCCUGCCUCCUCCCCACUCCCAGGCCCGCCACACACCCCCAACUCCCCCAAUCCCCAACCCCCAGGGGCUGCCCCCCCGGGCCCACCCUCCCUGCUCCCCGUCUGCCAUCCUCCUGGCCUGA